UCAUGGAUGUGUUGAGGAUAAUCAAGGAACAUGCUUUUGCAGUCUCUGACUACCCUGUGAUCCUCUCCAUUGAAGACCACUGCAGCCUCCCUCAGCAGAGGCGGAUGGCUGUUGCAUUCCAGGAGGUCUUUGGAGAUGCCCUAUUGAAGCAUCGGUUGGAUCCUGCAUCAGGGGUCAUGCCCUCUCCUGAGAUUCUCAAGAGGAAAAUCAUCUUGAAGCACAAGAAAUUGCCAGAGAGCAGCUCACUUGAGGACACGGCGGCAGCUGUACGUGAAGAUGCCGAAGGGGAUGCCUCGAACUGGGUGAAGAAUGGUGUUUUGUACCUGGAAGACCCUGUCGAUCGACGAUGGAAUCGCCACUUUUUCGUCCUCACCCCGAGCCGCCUAUAUUACACGGUCGAGCGGGAGGAUUCUGCAGGUGAGGAUGAUGGGGAUGAUCGGGAUCGCAGCUCAAUUGUCAAAGAGUCCUGUCCCAACGAGGAGCUUCACUUUGGAGAAAAAUGGUUCCAUGGGAGGCUUCCUGGGGGACGUGCCAAUGCAGAGAAACUUCUACGUGAGUAUUCACACUUGGGUGAUGGGACGUUCCUGGUGCGAGAGAGCGAGACUUUUGUUGGGGAUUACUCGCUUUCCUUCUGGCGGCAAGGCCAGGUCAACCACUGUCGCAUCAAGAACCACCAGGAGAGUGGAAGGACCAAAUAUUACAUGAUCGACACGCUGACGUUCGACAGCCUCUACGACCUCGUCACGCAUUACCGAACGCAUCCUCUGAGAAGUCAGGAGUUCCUCAUCACGCUGAAGGAGCCGGUCCCUCAGCCGUCUCAACACGAAGGGAAAGAAUGGUAUCACAGUGCCUUGACUCGUCAGCAAGCAGAAGAAUUCCUGAAGCGAGUGCCUUACGAUGGGGCGUUCCUCGUCCGCAAGUCCGACAAGGAGCCCAAUACUUAUGCCAUAUCUUUCAGAGCUGAGGGGAAAAUCAAGCAUUGUUGCAUCAAGCAAGAAGGACGGUUGUUCGUGAUCGGGACAUCGCAGUUCGAGAGCCUUGUGGAUCUUGUGGAAUAUUAUGAGAAAAACGAUCUUUACAAGAAGAUGAAGUUGAAGUAUCCAGUGAAUGAGGAACUGGUGAGGAGGCUGAAGCUGGAACCAGAGGAGGGUGCUGUCUAUGGCCAUCCAGACCUCUACACUGACCCCAACUCCUUCACCUCCAAGGUGGUGGUGAAAGCAAUGUAUGACUACCGGGCACAGCGGGAGGAUGAGCUCAGCUUCUGCAAGCAUGCCAUCAUCAGCAAUGUGAAUAAACGGGAUGGGGGAUGGUGGCAGGGAGAUUAUGGUGGGAAGAAGCAGCACUACUUCCCUGCCAACUAUGUUCAAGAGGUGGAGAGUGGUGAAGAGAAUGGUGAAGGAGCGCUCCUUGGGAAUCUUCAGCAGGGGAGCGUGGAUAUCGUCGGGUGUGACGUCGAGAUCCUCGAUUUCCAGGCUUCUCCUUCGGUCUCGUCGCCUCGUCCCUCUUCGGCGACGGCUCCGACCUUGAAUUGGAUCGUGAGGAUCAAGAAUUCCACGAUGAUGCAACCGUUCGACCUCGCGUGUCCCUCACGUGCCGAGGCCGUCGAAUGGGGUCAGAAGAUCAAUCAGGUUUCCCAGCGGGCAAACGAUCUGGUGAACCAGCACAAGGAGAUGGAACGUAUCAAGCGGAUCGCCAAGGAGCUUUCCAACUUGGUGGUGUACUGUCAGAGUGUGGCGUUCUGCCCCGAGAGGAUCCAGGAGGCCCGCAUCCACACGGAGAUGUCCUCCUUUCCCGAGAACAAGAUUGAAAAGUGGUUGAACCCAGGGAAUGUGAAGUUUCUCCUUUGGUACCAUCAGAUCCAGAUGAGCAGAGUCUAUCCAAAGGGUCAGCGCCUGGAUUCCUCCAACUACGAUCCUGUCCGCAUGUGGAACGGAGGCUGCCAGAUGGUGGCUCUCAACUUUCAGACCCCUGACAGGGCAAUGCAGUUGAAUCAGGGGAGGUUCCUCGCCAACGGAGGAUGUGGUUAUGUCCUCCGUCCCGAAUUCAUGCUGUCGGAAUCCUUCGACCCGUACAAUCGAGGGACGUUGGACGAGGAGCUCGUCCCACCACUCUCGGUCACGAUACAGAUUUUGGCCGGGCGACACCUGACUCGGCCUGGUAAAUCCGGUCGUGGGAUCUUGAGUCCUUUUGUGGAGGUAGAAGUUGUUGGGGCUCCAUAUGAUUCUGGCAAUCGUUAUAUAACUAGAACUGUUCAAGAUAAUGGAUUCAAUCCUGUAUGGAACGAAGUGUGCUCAUUUGACAUCGCCUGCCCCGCUUUGGCGAUGAUCCGCUUCGUGGUUCAAGACGAAGACAUGUUCGGGGAGCCGAAUUUCCUCGGCCAGGCUACUUACCCCGUAGAGUGCAUGCGUUGUGGAUAUCGCAGCGUGCGCCUUCGAAACGGAUACAGCGAGAGCCUGGAAUUGGCAUCGCUCCUCGUCCACGUCGAGAUGAGGCAUCCGCGCUCGGAGGAGAACGAGAUUCGGACCCUCCGAGAUCGCCUGACCGAUCUAAAGCAGUGCAUCGAAGUCGGCCCCAACCCCGAAGAUGUCACUCGGAGUCGACAAGAAUUCACUGAUCUCGAGCGGCGGCUUUUUGCUCUCCUCGGUGACGGGCAAAAUCGCCUCCAGCGACAUCAAGGCCGACUCAUGAGACGGGUCUCCUCGUCCCUUGUCCUCCAUCUCCCUUUCCCUCCUGACAUACCCUCUGAAAUUCCAGCAGGAGAGAGAGAGAUGGUGAAGAGUCGGUUGGAGAUCAACUUCCGUCGCCUCUUGGUGCGAUGCGAGACUUUGGCCGCAUCCAGCGACUGGAAGGACACAUGGAGGAGCCAAGAGUAUCUGAAUGCUUUGACUGAACUGCUGGCCGAAGUGAAGUCUGCUCCCAACCGUGUCUGUGAAAUGCGAAUGAAGGGGACCCACUCGCCAUUUCCGUGCAGCCGGCCAGACCCAGAGACCCUCUCCGACUAUCAAGCCAAGGUCGACUACCUGAAACGGGUUGUUGCUGCGGAGAAGCUGGGAACCGGAACGGUGAGAGAGGGAGGCGGAACAGGGACGCUCGGCCUCACAGCCCCUUCCUCCCAGCUUCAGGAUCCACUCACGAGAGAUCUUCAGCAUCGCGUCACGUCUCGGGUCAACGAAGACGUUCGCAGGGAACUCUUCGGGAGGGGGGAGCAGGCCUCGCUAGAACCCAGGCACCGGAAGGGGGCGACGGCGACGACGACGGACUUCGAUGCCCUCCUCCAGUUCCACCACAAACAGCAAGAGAAGGUGGCAGAGGAUAUGCUGGGCCUCGUCCAGAGUCUCAAAGAGCAGAGUCUUGUUGCCGGGAAGAUCAUCCUCAAGGACAACAAGGUACUGCAACUUUUGGCAACUGUGGCUCUGCUUCAUAGCGUCCUGGAGAAGAGCUCGCACCUGGCCGAGGGGAACUUCGCCCGACUGAAGGUCGAAUCGGAUCGUCUGAGCGAGUAUCGAAGUCGCUCCUGCAAGUGCUGGGUCUAUCUCCUUCUCAUCAUCAUCUCGGUCACCUUUUUCGGGAUGGUGAUGUUCAUGCGUCUGUUCAAGAAGAGGGUUCACUACGGCGCCUACGCCCCUCCGCAGCCUCAUCCGACCGUCACCCUUCCGCCUUCUUCCUGAUGGGGAAAACGAGAUUGCAAGGAAAUCGGGUGGGGGGUGGGGUCGCUUGGCUGCUGUGCAACUGCGAGUGAGAGCCUUGUCGAUUUUCAGAUGGGAAAUAUAUUAAAUAAUAUUUAAGAAGGG